CACUCUUUCCCACUCUCCUCUCUUCUUCCUAUGGUUCCUCCCCUCCAUACUCACUCUUCUUUAUUUUUCUUCCAUGCAUCUUUAUCACUAUCAUCUUCACCCAACUUUCAACUUCAUCAUCUUGUAUCAUCCUUCAUCUCCAUCACCAUCUUCUAUCUUUAUCAUUUCCAUCUUCACCAUUCUCUAUCUUUCCCGCUUCAUCUUUCACUUUUUAAGAUUCGUUGGAGAUGGAGAGUCGCCGGAAAACCAAACCAAAGAUCGAUGAACAACUACCGGAAUUAUUAUUAUGAAGGAUUGAGUAGGGAGUUGUGCUCUUAUGAGAUGGUGAUAGAGAUGGAAUGACACAGGAUUAUGAAGAUGGAAGGGGUGAAAAUGAAGGUGGAAAGAAAAAGAUUGAGUAGGGAGCCAUAUGAGAGGAGAGGAGAGAGUAAAAGAGCGGGAAGAGAAUAUUGUAAAUGUGAGAUGAAAAAAAUAGAUUGUAUUUAUAGUAUGUAUUAUUGUGUACAUGUUGUGUGUACAAAGAAUAUUUUGAAAGAAUCGUACUUGUUA